AUAGAAAAGCACUAGCACAAUGUGCUGGACCAGACUAACUUUUUUGAUAUAAAUUUAAGAUGCACUUUCAAUAUAGAAGUUGCUUCACCACUCCAAGAGCUUCCACUGCAACCUCUUCACACAAAUUAAUGUCACGCAUUACAGUGAGUGCUUUGUCAGAUGUUUUCAAAAUAGAGCACACUUUGCCAAAAGCAUUUUUUCUUGUUGUGUAGUUCUUGUUCUGUUUCCUUCACAUUUAACCCACUAGGAUUCUUUCCUAAAUAAGAAGAGAUUUUCAUUUCAGUUUCACUUACCCUUUUGACUAUUUAAGGAUGCAAUCACUAAACCAAGCAUAAUAUUUCAGAUACUAGAACCAGCACAACCAGAAUAUGAGUUCCCAGAGUCUCACAUUCCUUGCAAGCCUGUUUCUUUUGCAGCUUAUAGCUAGUUGUCAAGCUCAACUACGUGUUGACUAUUACAGAAACACAUGCCCAAAUGUUGAAUCAAUAGUUCGCACUGCAGUUGAGAUGAAAUUUCAGCAGACAUUUGUGACAGCACCUGCUACACUUAGGCUCUUCUUCCAUGAUUGUUUUGUUCGGGGAUGUGAUGCUUCAGUGAUGCUAGCUUCAAGAAGCAGCACUGCAGAGAAGGAUAACCCUAUCAAUCUUUCACUAGCGGGUGAUGGGUUUGACACUGUGAUCAAAGCAAAGGCUGCGGUUGACAAUGUACCUGGCUGCCAAAAUAAGGUUUCUUGUGCUGAUAUAUUGGCUAUGGCAGCUAGGGACGUCAUAGCAUUGACAGGAGGACCAUCUUAUGAAGUAGAGUUGGGAAGGCUAGAUGGGAGAAUCUCUACAAAAGCCAGUGUUAGACACCAUCUACCUCAUCCUGAAUUCAAACUAGCACAGCUGAACCAAAUGUUUGCUUCACAUGGCCUCACCCUUGAAGAUCUAAUUGCUCUAUCAGGAGCACAUACUAUUGGGUUCUCUCACUGCAGCCAGUUCUCCAAACGAAUUUACAACUUCAGAAGCAGGAACAGAAUUGAUCCAACACUUAAUCCUGCAUAUGCAAAACAGCUCCAGCAAGUGUGUCCAAAAAAUGUGGACCCCAGAUUUGCCAUUGGAAUGGACCUAACUACGCCUAGGACAUUUGAUAACCAGUACUACAAGAAUCUUCAGGAAGGAAAAGGACUCCUUUCUUCUGAUCAAUCUUUGUUUACUCAUAAAAGAUCAAGAGACCUAGUGAACUUAUUUGCAACCAACAGCACAGCCUUUGAAAAGUCUUUUAUAAUUGCUAUGACAAAGCUUGGACGGAUUGGGAUCAAAACGGGAAAGAAGGGUGAAAUCAGGCGUGAUUGCACAAUGGUUAAUUGAGCCACUGACCUUGUUUUCAAAUACUUCUUUCAGUUUCAUUUUCCUUUGUUAUAAAGAAUGUUUUAAGACUAGUGCAGUGCAGGAAUGGGAAUAAUAAUAAGUUAUAAUACAGGCAAAGCCACUUGAGUAUACUAUAAUUUGAUUCUGGAACAGUCUCUAAAAGAGACUAGGGGUGGUGACUUAAGCUUUGGGCUCUUUCAGAUCAAUUCAAAUAGUGAGGCAUUUAUUUUGUUUUUAUUAGCAUCUACCCGCCAAUCGUUGGAUCCGGUGCGAA